AUGAGUAAGCCGCCUCCCGUCUCGACCUUCUGCGAGUUUGGGGAGUGGAAGUCGGAAGGAAACGACUCCGAUCACUCAUGCUCUUCCAACUCUUCUUCUUCGUCAAGUACCCCCUGCCACGCUUCUAAGCGGUUUAGCUCCUUUGCGGCUGCGGCACUUGGCAAAGCGCAGCACAAGUUAAGCACCCUGUCGAUCUCUGACACAGAAGACGAGCUGCGUACUGAAAUCGAGCAAAGCAAGUCGUCACUAGAAUGUAACCUGUCUGCACUGAGGCUGUCCGCCGUGCCAUCGGAUGUGCCAGUGAGCAUCGUGCGUAAGAUCUCUCUCUCGGAGAACAAACUUGUCUCGCUGCCGGAAGCGCUCUUCUCAAAUGGGUCAUUCUGCGCGCUGGUGGAGUUGGUCCUGAACACCAAUCAGCUGACGUCUCUUCCGCUCUCUCUUUUUUACCUUCCCCACCUGCAGGUGCUGUCAGUGAACAACAACUCACUGACAUCGCUGCCGUUUGAGCGUGUGGGGGGCGCAGCGCGUAACGCAGCCGGCAGUCCGUUUUUGCCAUCGGUGCGGCGUAUUGGGAUGGAGUCGAAUGAACUGCAGCGCCUGCCGUUGUCCCUGCUGGAGUGGUGCCCCUUGCUGGAGGAGUUGUUCUUGGCAAUGAACGAGGCAAUGCUCAAUGAGCCUGUGUCCUAUGACUCUCUCCAGAAGAUACGCCGGCCUUCCACCAAGCGCGUCGUGCUCAGAGUUGAUAACCGCCCUCGUUUCGUGAAGCAGCUCGAGGAGCAGCGUUGGGCUGGAACUCUGCCAUGGCUGCACGUUGAGCUCAACAAGAUCUACCCUGACAAAGUACUGGAUUAUCUCUUCUUAGGAUCCUUGCGCACUGCACAGACGGUGACGGUGUACCACGAUCUCGACAUCUGCUAUGUCCUUACGGUGGGACGCAACUUGGAGGCGGUAAUUGAGCCGUGGAUGCGGCAGCUUGUCCUUGCUGUUGACGACUUCCCGGAGCAGACAUUGGCGCCCGUCUUCGAAGACGCCUUCAGCUUCAUCGACGAGGCGAGGUCGCAUAAGAAAGGCAUCCUCAUCCACUGCUUUGCUGGCCUGUCUAGGUCUGUCACGAUUGCAGUAGCAUACCUAAUGCACCUCAAGGGGAUCCCACGCGACGAGGCACUGGCCCUCGUACGCCUGGCGAGACCGGCGGCACGGCCAAAUGAUGGCUUUCUCCGCGAGCUGGGCGUCUACGAAGAGAUCUUGCGUAGUCGCCACAUCAUUCAUGAGUAA